GGCGCCCGCGGAGUCGAGGCGGUCUGGUGCGAGCUGGGUGCAGCGCGGGAAAUUCUGCCGCCGGGAUGGCGCUGAGGAACAGCGGGCGGCGCCGCGCCGAGCCCGCGGGCGGGGACCCCGACGCCGCGCGGGACGAUGGCUCCGGGCUCUCCGCCCUCAAGCGCCUGCAGCGCAGCCAGCGGACCGACCGGAUGGACGCGCAGUUCGGGUUCGAGCGGGCCAAGGAGCCGGGGGAGAAGACGGGCUGGCUGAUCAACAUGCACCCGGCAGAGAUCUUGGACGAUGAUAAACGCUUGGUGAGCUGUGUGGAUUAUUACUUCGUCCAGGAGGAUGGGAGCAGGUUUAAGGUGGCCCUGUCCUAUAAACCCUACUUCUAUAUUGCAACCCGGAAGGGCUGCGAGCGGGAAGUGUCCUCCUUCCUCUCCAAGAAGUACCAGGGGAAAAUCGCAAAGCUGGAAACGGUUCCCAAAGAGGAUCUGGACUUGCCAAAUCACCUGGUGGGCCUGAAGCGGAACUACAUCAAGCUAUCUUUCAACACUGUGGAAGACCUGGUGAAGGUGCGGCGGGAAAUCUCUCCUGCUGUGAAGAAGAACAGGGAGCGGGACCAGGCGAGUGACACCUACACAUCCAUGCUGUCCAGUGCUCUAAUUGGUGGCAGCCUGACCACAGAUGAUGAGGGGCCCUCGAAGAAGUCUGUCAACCAGAUGGACAACAUAGUGGACAUGCGGGAGUAUGACGUGCCCUACCACAUCCGUCUGUCCAUCGACCUGAAGAUUCAUGUGGCUCAUUGGUACAAUGUCCGCUAUCGAGGCAGCAUGUACCCUCCGGAAAUCACCCGCCGAGACGACCUGGUAGAGCGACCGGAUCCUGUUGUGCUGGCCUUUGACAUUGAAACCACCAAGCUCCCCCUGAAGUUCCCUGAUGCAGAGACAGACCAGAUCAUGAUGAUCUCCUACAUGAUUGAUGGCCAGGGCUACCUGAUCACAAACAGGGAGAUCGUCUCUGAGGAUAUUGAAGAUUUUGAGUUUACUCCCAAGCCGGAGUAUGAGGGUCCCUUUUGUGUCUUUAACGAGCUGGAUGAGGCCCAUUUAAUCCAGAGGUGGUUUGAGCAUGUCCAGGAGACCAAACCCACCAUCAUGGUCACUUACAAUGGGGACUUCUUUGACUGGCCCUUUGUGGAAGCCAGAGCAGCAGUGCAUGGAAUGAAUAUGUACCAAGAGAUUGGAUUCCAAAAGGACAGCCAAGGGGAAUACAAAGCCUCCCAGUGCAUCCACAUGGACUGUCUAAGGUGGGUGAAGAGAGACAGUUACCUCCCUGUGGGAAGCCACAACCUGAAAGCAGCAGCCAAAGCAAAGCUGGGCUAUGACCCGGUGGAGCUGGACCCUGAAGAGAUGUGCCGGAUGGCUACAGAAGAGCCUCAGACACUGGCCACUUACUCGGUGUCCGACGCUGUUGCUACCUACUACAUGUACAUGAAGUACGUGCACCCGUUCAUCUUCGCCCUGUGCACCAUCAUUCCCAUGGAGCCCGACGAGGUGCUACGGAAAGGCUCAGGGACGCUGUGCGAGGCGCUGCUCAUGGUCCAGGCCUAUCACGCCAACAUCAUCUUCCCCAACAAGCAGGAGCAGGAGUUCAACAAGCUCACAGAGGAUGGGCAUGUGCUAGACUCAGAGACCUACGUCGGGGGCCAUGUGGAGGCGCUAGAGUCGGGGGUCUUUCGCAGCGACAUCCCCUGCCGCUUUAAAAUGAACCCUGUUGCCUUUGACUUCCUGCUGCAGCGUGUAGAGAAAACUCUCCGGCAUGCCAUCGAGGAGGAGGAAGGUUUGCCACUGGAUCAAGUCACCAACUUCCAGGAGGUGUGUGAUGAAAUCAAAGUCAAGCUGAACUGCCUGAAGGACAUUCCUAACCGGAUUGAGUGUCCCCUCAUUUACCAUCUGGACGUGGGGGCCAUGUACCCCAACAUCAUCCUUACAAACAGGCUGCAGCCCUCGGCGAUGGUGGACGAGGCCACAUGCGCUGCCUGUGACUUUAACAAGCCAGGUGCCAAUUGCCAGCGCCGGAUGACCUGGCAGUGGAGAGGGGAAUUUAUGCCCGCGAGCCGCAGCGAGUACCACCGCAUCCAGCAGCAGCUGGAGUCAGAGAAGCUGCCCCCUCUCUACCCGGACGGCCCGCCCCGUGCUUUUCAUGAGCUGUCCCGCGAGGAACAGGCCAAGUUUGAGAAGAAGCGACUGGCGGAUUACUGCCGCAAGGCCUAUAAGAAGCUGCAUGUCACCAAGGUGGAGGAGCGCGUCACCACCAUCUGCCAGCGGGAGAACUCGUUCUAUGUGGACACCGUGCGAGCCUUCCGAGACCGUCGCUACGAGUUCAAGGGGCUGCACAAGGUGUGGAAGAAGAAGCUGUCUGCGGCCACAGAGAUGGGAGACGCCACCGAAGUGAAGCGCUGCAAGAACAUGGAGAUCCUGUAUGACUCCCUACAGCUGGCGCAUAAGUGUAUCCUCAACUCCUUCUACGGCUACGUAAUGCGCAAAGGGGCCCGCUGGUACUCCAUGGAGAUGGCUGGGAUUGUCUGCUUCACUGGAGCAAACAUCAUCACCCAGGCCAGGGAGCUGAUCGAGCAGAUAGGGAGGCCGCUGGAGCUGGACACAGACGGAAUCUGGUGUGUCCUUCCCAACAGCUUCCCAGAAAACUUUGUCAUCAAAUCGACCAAUGCGAAGAAACCGAAGGUGACAGUCUCCUAUCCUGGUGCCAUGCUGAAUAUCCUGGUGAAGGAAGGCUUCACAAAUGAUCAGUACCAGGAGCUUGUGGACCCGGCUAUGCUCACCUACGUUACCCGCUCAGAGAACAGCAUCUUCUUUGAAGUGGACGGGCCGUACCUCGCCAUGAUCCUCCCAGCCUCCAAGGAGGAGGGCAAGAAACUGAAGAAACGGUACGCAGUGUUCAACGAGGACGGGUCCCUGGCUGAGCUGAAGGGGUUUGAAGUGAAGCGGCGUGGGGAGCUGCAGCUGGUUAAGAUCUUCCAGUCGUCCGUGUUCGAGGCCUUCCUGAAGGGCACCACACUGGAGGAGGUCUAUGCCUCUGUGGCCAAGGUGGCUGACUACUGGCUCGAUGUGCUUUACAGCAAGGCUGCCAACAUGCCGGACUCAGAGUUAUUUGAGCUGAUUUCCGAGAACCGCUCCAUGUCCCGCAAGCUGGAGGAUUACGGGGAGCAGAAAUCCACCUCCAUCAGCACGGCCAAGCGCUUGGCCGAGUUCCUGGGGGAUCAGAUGGUGAAGGAUGCUGGGCUAAGCUGUCGAUUCAUCAUUUCCAAGAAACCGGAAGGGUCACCAGUCACUGAGAGGGCCAUCCCGCUUGCCAUCUUUCAAGCCGAGCUCACUGUGCGGAAGCACUACCUCCGGAAAUGGCUGAAGAGCCCCUCCCUGCAGGACUUCAACAUCCGAACGAUCCUGGACUGGGACUACUACAUCGAGAGACUGGGCAGCACCAUCCAGAAGAUCAUCACCAUCCCUGCAGCACUGCAGCAGGUGAAGAACCCCGUGCCCCGGGUCCGACACCCCGACUGGCUGCACAAGAAGCUCCUGGAGAAGAAUGACGUAUACAAACAGAAGAAAAUCAACGAACUGUUCACUAGUGAAGGCAAGAGACAGGUCACUGCCAACCAGCCCCAGGAGGGCACCCCAUGCACACAGGUUGCCGACAUGGAGGAUUUUGGGGCUGCCAAGCCCCUGCAGCUGUCGGUUCCCGUCGCCAGUAAGCGCAAGCGAGUCCCAGUGGCAGGGGAGAGCCAGGAGGUGUCUCAGAACCUGGAGCUGACCCAGUCCUGGCGGGAGAUACUGGGCCCGCCCCCACCCACUGGCACCACAAAGGAGGAGCGCAUGGCCUGGCUUCAGUACCACAAGAAGAAGUGGGAGCUGCAGGCGCGGCAGCGCCAGGCGCGCCGGAAGAAGCGGCGGCUGGAGGAUGGCGAAGUGGUGCUGGGUGGGGGCGUGAUCCGGGAUGGGCCCUCCAAGGGGCUCAGCAGCUACCUGCGCAGGACAGCACGCAGCAUCCUGGACCUGCCCUGGCAAAUCGUGCAGGUUGCGGAGACCAGCCAGCCGGGCCUGUUCAGGCUGUGGGCCGUUAUUGGGAGUGACCUGCACUGCAUCAAGCUGAGCAUCCCGCGGGUCUUCUACGUCAACCAGCGGGUAGCCAAGCCAGAGGAGGGAGUCGCCUACCGGAAGGUGAACAGGGUCCUGCCCCGCUCAAAUCUCCUCUACAACCUGUACGAGUACUCCGUCCCCGAAGACAUGUAUCAAGAGCACAUCAACGAGAUCAAUGCUGGCCUGUCUGCCCCGGACAUCGAGGGAGUGUACGAGACUCAGGUGCCAUUACUGCUGCGCGCCUUGAUCCACCUCGGCUGCGUGUGCAUGGUCAGCAGGCAGCUGGUCAGGCAUCUCACCGGCCGCGAGGCUGAAACCUUUGCCCUGGAGCAUCUGGAGAUGCGCUCGCUGGCCCAGUUCAGCUACCUAGAGCCAGGGAGCAUCCGGCACAUUUAUCUCUAUCACAACUCCCAGGGCAGCAAGGCACUCUUUGGCCUCUUCGUCCCAUCGCAGCGCAAGGCCUCUGUCUUCGUGCUGGACACGGUGCGCAGUAACCAGAUGCCUAACCUGGCCAACCUGUACUCCUCGGAGCGCAGCACCAUGCUGGAGAAGCUGAGCGAGGAGCUGCUCCCGCCGGACAAGCACACCUUCGAGGUGCGAGCUGAGACCGACCUCAAGACGGUCUCCAGGGCCAUCCAGCGCCUGCUGCUGGCCUACAAGGACGAGCGCAGGGGCCCCACGCUGAUUGCUGUGCAGUCCAACUGGGACGUGAAGCAGCUGGCGAGUGGGAUUCCCGUCUUCGAAGAGUUCCCCUUGGUUCCCAUGCGGGUGACAGAUGACAUCAGCUAUGCUGUCCUGGAUUGGCAGCGUCAUGCUGCCCGCCGCAUGAUCCGCCACUACCUCAACCUGGACACCUGCCUGUCCCAGGCCUUCGAGAUGAGCAGGUACUAUCACAUCCCCAUUGGGAACCUCCCCGACGACAUCUCCACCUUCGGCUCCGACCUCUUCUUCUCCCGCCACCUGCGUCGCCACAACCACCUGCUGUGGCUCUCCCCGAUGGUCCGCCCGGACCUCGGGGGCAAGGAGGCAGACGACAGCCGGCUGGUCAUGGAGUUCGACGACAGAGCCUCGGUAGAGAUCAACAACCCGGGCUGCUAUUCCACCGUGUGUCUGGAGCUGGACAUCCAGAGCCUGGCUGUGAACACCAUCCUGCAGUCCCACCACAUCAACGACAUGGAGGGAGCCUCCAGCAUGAGCAUCAGCUUCGACGUGAUCCAGCAGGCAUCUCUGGAGGACAUGGUGACGGGGAACCAGGCCGCCAGCAUCCCGGCCAGCUAUGACGAGACCGCCCUCUGCUCCAACACCUUCAGGAUCCUGAAAAGCAUGGUGGUGGGCUGGGUGAAGGAGAUCACGCAGUACCACAACGUCUAUGCCGACAACCAGGUGAUCCACUUCUACCGCUGGCUCAGCUCGCCCUCCUCGCUGCUGCACGACCCGGCGCUGCACCGCACCCUGCACAACAUGAUGAAGAAGCUCUUCCUGCAGCUGGUGGCCGAGUUCAAGCGGCUCGGCUCUUCCGUGGUUUAUGCCAACUUCAACCGCAUCAUCCUGUGCACCAAGAAACGGCGCAUCGAGGACGCCAUUGCCUACGUGGAGUACAUCACCAACAGCAUCCACUCGAAGGAGAUCUUCCACUCCCUGACCAUCUCCUUCUCCCGCUGCUGGGAGUUCCUUCUCUGGAUGGACCCGGCUAACUAUGGGGGCAUCAAGGGGAGAGUGCCCUCCAGUGUCCCCUCUGGGGAGACAGACGCCAGCAAACGGCAAGCGGGUGCUGAGGAGGGCAGUGAGGAGGAGGAGGAGGAAGAGCCAGAACCAGGGGAGGCCAAUAUGGAGGAUUUGCUGGAGAACAACUGGAACAUCGUGCAGUACCUGCCACAGGCAGCCUCCUGCCAGAACUACUUCCUCAUGAUUGUGUCGGCCUACAUCGUCGCCGUGUACCACAGCAUGAAGGCGGAGGUGCGGCGCAACGCUCCUGGGAGCACGCCCGUCAGGAGGGCCAGCAGCCAGGCCUCCCAGGAGGCUGCGGGUGAGGUGGGCGCCAUGCCUGGCGUGAUCACCUUCUCGCAGGACUACGUCUCCAACGAGCUUACCCAGAGCUUCUUCACCAUCACCCAGAAGAUCCAGAAGAAGGUGACGGGCUCCCGCCAUGCCACGCUGCCCUCGGACAUGUUCCCAGCGCUGCCCGGCUCCCACCUGCCACUCAACAACCCGGCGCUGGAGUUCAUCAACUACGUCUGUAAGGUGCUGGCGCUGGAUGCCAACAUAACCAAUCAGGUGAAUAAGCUGAAGCGGGACCUGCUGCGCCUGGUGGACGUGGGUGAGUUCUCGGAGGAGGCCCAGUUCCGGGACCCCUGCCGCUCCUACGUGCUCUCCGAGGUGAUCUGUCGCAACUGCAACUUCUGCAGGGACCUGGACCUCUGCAAAGACCCCAGCCCCUGCCAGGAUGGUGCUGUGCCCCCCAGCUGGGUGUGCGCCAACUGCCAGGUGGAGUACGACCACAGCUCCAUCGAAGUGGCCCUGGUGGAAGCCCUGCAGAAGAAGCUGAUGGCCUUCGUGCUGCAGGACCUGGCGUGCGUGAAGUGCAAAGGCGUGAAGGAGACACACAUGCCCAUCUACUGCAGCUGUGCGGGAGACUUCACCCUGAUGAUCCAGACCAAGGCCUUCGUGGAGCAGAUCAACGUCUUCCACAGCAUUGCCCGGCACUACGGCAUGGCCCACCUGCUAGAGACCAUCGUGUGGCUGCUGCAGCUCAACCCGCAGCUCCGGUGAUGACAGAACAGCACCCUUCCCCACUGCUCUGUGCUCCGCUGCCAUGGGCCCAGGAGCAGGGGGGGUCUCUGAGCCCCACGCCGCAGCAGCUCCUACCCCUGGCUGUUGGCACCCAUCAGCCAUGCCCCUUGGCUUUCCUGCUGCCAGCUCAGAGGCCCUGGAGUGUUACUGAAGCCAAGGUACCAGCUUGGCCGUGCUGGAGGCUGCAGAGGAACUGAAGCUCUCCAUGCUGUAGGGCAGCCCGAAAGCUGGGCAGCGCCUUUCCCUCCAGGGCAUCGCCAUGCUGCCCUGGCACUGGCUGACGGUAGGCUCUCGCUGGCUGCCAUUGUAGAGGAGCAGCGGGAGUGAAGCCAGGAGCAGCAACUCCUCUCAGUGGGGCUCCUUUCUGCACCCCUGUCCCUGCAUGCAGGUGGGUGGCCCCUGGGCUCCUGGGACUCCCCCCUUGGGGGGGUGGGGGUUGAUGGUUUUUAUUAGGGUUUUUGAUAAGUCUGUGAAUAAAGAGUUGCUAUGA